AAGCGUCCAGAGGGCCGGUUUCUUCGUUUCCAUUUUUCCGGCAGUUCUUCGCCGACUUGUCAGCUCCUGCGGUCGUGCAAUUCCCAUCCGCUGCCGCUGGCUCUUCUCGGUAGCCAGCAUGGACAUCGACGCACUCUUCCAAGCAGCCAUCACCUGGCACCGGGCCUUUGAAGAUCGCCCGCCCGACGCCCAUCUCUGCUGUCCCAAGGUCGACGACGAAGACCCUGCCAACUACGAUGAGCCGGAUGUUCCCGACGAAGGCGGAGUAUCUGUCGACGGCAAGAAGCGCCGGAUCAAGGAGUACGAGGACAGAUUCCACAACGUAUAUAACCUCAGCAUCUUGAUGGGGCUUGGGAGGGAAGUCGCGGGGGAAUGGCUGGACAAUUGGGUGCAGGCCGUCGAGUUCUGCCUGACGAGAUGCGAUUCGUGCGUGCGCAAUUGGCACCGGAAUCGUGAGCCUUACUUGAACGGGCUGCGUCUCGGCCCCGAGCACAUUGAUUACAUGCGGAAGCGGCUCGACGAAUUCGACAAGCAACGAAUAGAUGCCGGCCUGCAGAGGGCCAGAAGAAUACUCGAGGAGCAUGGACCAAUGUCAACAGCGAAGUUGGUUGAGCAUGACAUGUCGGCGGUUUUGGCCCUCUUCGAGGCUCUCUGCAGCGUUCAGUAUCUCACCAGCCCCGACGACCGACAAGACUUCGACUAUGUCUUCGGGCAAACGCAACGGAAACGGCCCCUGAGAUUGCAGGGUGGUCUCCUACCUGCAAUGACCUUGUUCCUUUUCGACGAAUCCUCAUUUCCGGAAAGGCGAAUAUUUGCCGAGAACGCCUGGGAGAAACGGCCAGCUGAGUCCCUGACGGACCAGGAGUGGGACUGGGCCGUUUCUCCCCUUUUGACCGCGGCCAUUCUGAGGGUGUCGCUCUCGAGAGGAAUGCCCUCACCGGACAAGAUAUGCAGAUUCUGGCGCGGUUUUUCCUUCAUCCUCCGCUCUUUAAGCGAAAAGCAAAUCAUCAACUCGCUCCGGGCGAUGGAGGUGUCCCCGAGCGUCUACUUCCUUGCCCUUGAGCACUUCGCUACCGAUUCCGGGGAGGCCCUCGCCAUGGUCUUGAGGGGCCUUCGAGCGCUUAUGGAAAAAUCGUCGAGCGCUUUUUGGUCUGCGUUUGAUCAAGUCACGCCGAGCCAGCUCGUCGAGGAGAUCUUCAAAAGCCCGGCCUUCCGCCGCUUUUUGAACAAGUCCUUGGAGUCGGAUAUGAUGGUUACCGACGGAGGCACCCAGGUCCCUGCUUUGGCUGCUUGGAUGAGGGCAUUGAUUCGCUCUUUGCCUGCUAUCCAACGAUCAGAUGUCUGCGAAUCAUCGCUGAGGCAUCUCUUCGACACCUUCCGGCAAGAUCCGACGGUCGAUAGAGCUGCCCAAGCGACCUGCACUCUGGCGGGCCUGGUCACCCUCAGCGAGUCGUUGGAUGGUUUUCUUCAUCAAGAGGUCUCAUUCGACACCGGAACUGCAUUGAUCAUGGUCAAUCAGCUUCUCAAUCGUGUCGUCCAGUACAGCGACGUAAUCAGCACCGCGGCCGGUCUCAAACCUGGAGACACGUUCAAUGUCGGCAUCUCCCAAACCGCCAUGGACAUCAUCCACUCCGCACUCGCGCUGGAUGCCAGAGCCACGGAGAUUGAGUGGAAAGCCUUGAUCGACGGCGUUCCGGUACAAGAUGCGGUGAACCGAGAUUCUGGGGCGCUUUGGGAAUCCUUCCUCGAGAUGCUCUGGUACGGCCAGCUCGGGCAUCUUGAGCUCGCCAAAGCUAUGCUGAUGGCUACAUUGCGGCUCAGACAUAUCGAGCAGUUCCUCCCCAAGCGUAAAGAGCAACUCAAGCAAGAGCAUCAAAAGUUCAACCAGAGGUAUCAACAGCAGACGGCGGCGAUUGGGAAGAUGCUCGGUCGGCUGUCCGAUUUCAAGCAGGAGGACCUUAACAAGUUCUGCUCGGAUCGCCAGAGCCCAACCAUUCAUCCCAUCUUGUCGACCCUGAUCCACGGCGAGGACGCCAUUCGCGAAGCUGGCUUCGAACUGCUCAAGGCUAUCACAGGUGAGAGCUUGCCGUCUGACGCAGUGACCAAGAUGCUAGAGGAUCACUUCAUCGCGUUCCUGGACGCGUGUUCCGAAGCAGUGGGCAAAGUCACUGCUAGAGUGCAUCCCAGCAGUCCCUGGAGCCACAUGCUCCCAAUCUUGAAGUGUAGCGAGUUCGUUCUGAACGGCCUUUGCGAUCCGUCCGUAGGUCAGCUCCGGCGCAAGUCUCUCACUGCCGAGGAGCACGCCGCGGUCAAGCGCUGGUGGCAGACUACGUGGCAGGUCGUCGGCCACUCAUUCCGGAUGAUGAGAUCAUGGCAUGAAAGAGUUGACAAAAAGAUCAUGGAGGACUUCUGUCGAGACGUCAUGGAAUUAAGCAACAAAUUGCUUGCCCAAGACGGCCUCAUGGCUUCCGCGCUCAGUCAGCAUUGCAGUGACGAUGCUGCGCGGACCGAAGGGGACGCUACGACGAGGGCCAUGAAGAUCGUCUUAGAGCCGCCCAGAAGACAGUCACAGUCUAUCGCGGACAUGCUGCAACUCAAGGACAAGUACCUGAUCAUGGGCAUCAUCGAGGUGAUCAAGAAGCUCCUCGCACGGUUACAGCAGAACGCCAUGGAUCUGCCUCAGUCGGCUCUUGCGCAUCUUCACAACAUGCUCAAGCGGAGGAAGCUCCCCGAUGGAAGGCUGGACUACGCCCAGAAGACCAAUAUGACGGACGAGCAGCGGAUCGAGCUACUCAAGGCUCUCGGGGAGGAUGCCGUGAUUGAGGAGCAGUUCAUAGGCACCAAACCCGGCCAGAAGGAGCGGUCCAUGAGGCAGAGCAAGCUUGAUUUCUCUAAGGGAAGUCUGAAUCUUGUGGAGGCCAUGAAGGACCAUGUCGCCGAGAUCACCCCUAAUUUCGAGAAGCACAAGUCUGCUCUACGGGAGUCUUGGAAAGACGACAUCCCGAAGAUCAAAGCGCCGCCCAAGCUUGACCAGAAGGCAAUCCUCGCAAACCAGGCAUCGAUCAAAGAGGCUCGAGCCAGAGAGAAGGCAGAGAAGGCCAAGAGAGACGCCGAGGCCAUUGCUAAAGCGAGAGCCCUGCGCGCCCCGCCCAAGACCGUGGCAGGAGAGGGCUCGGGGCUACAGGGCAUCGCUGGUGUGCGAGGCAAGGACCAUGCUCCGGUCAUCAAGGACGAGAUCAUGGUUGGAUCAUCCUCUUCCGAAGAAGAUGAUUCCGAGGACGAGCGAAUAGCGCUGAAGGCGAAGGCUAGCAACAAAAAUCUCAACGAAGCCGAACGCCGUCAUCUGCUCUUGUUGGCCGAAAAGCGCGGGCCUGUGAAGAAGGUCAAGCUGCAGAGAUCAGCGAAGGACAUGCGAGCGCGACUGAUCCCGCCGAUGGAUGUGCUGCACCAAGCCAUCCUAGAGUGGGAUAUCUUUCACGAAGGCAACGAUCCUCCAAAUGGCUACCGCUGCGAGGGCGUCUCUGAUACGUACACUGAUCCCCACAGCUACAAGCAGACCUUCUUCCCUCUCCUCAUCAACGAGGCCUGGCGCUCCUUUGUCACGGCGAAGGACGAGGCGACGUCCAAGCCCUUUGGCAUCAAGGUGCUCAACCGCACGGCGGUGGACAAGUUUGUGGAAAUUGUUGCUUCGGUGCCCGCGCAGGUCAGCAAGGAUCGUGGCCUCUCGGAGGGUGACAUCGUCAUCUUUUCAAAAGGGGAGGAUCCGCUCAACCAACCGACGGAGCUGCACUGCCUCUCGCGGAUAUGGAAGACGACGUACAAGAAGGACACCGUCGAGGUUCUCUACCGCCUCAACGCCAGGGGAAACCAGAUCCUGCCGGUCCUUCUUCCAGGUUCCGAGUUCCAUGUCGUCAAAAUCACCAACAUGACGACGAUCGAGCGCGAGUAUGCUGCGCUGGAGAGCUUGCAGUACUACGAUCUCAUGGACGAAGUCCUGAAGGCGCAGCCGUCACCGAUGCUGACGUUUGGUGAGGAGGCGGUGAGAGGGGUCAUGCAGAACUACCAGCUCAACCCGGGUCAGGCUCGCGCCAUCCUCAACGCGAAAGAAAACGACGGCUUCACCCUGAUUCAAGGUCCGCCAGGUACUGGCAAGACCAAGACGAUCGUCGCCAUGGUUGGCUGUCUUCUUACCGGGGUGCUCAAGUCAUCAAAUGGCGGCGUGGCGCUUGCUAGACCCGGCGGUGCUGCACCUGCUGGAUCGGCACCGUCGAAGAAGCUGCUUGUCUGCGCGCCCAGCAAUGCCGCCGUGGACGAGCUGGUGCUGCGGUUGAAGGCUGGCGUCAAAACGAUGAAUGGGACGACGCAUAAGAUCGAAGUGCUGCGUUUAGGCCGCAGCGAUGCGAUCAACGCUGCCGUCAAAGAUGUCACGCUUGACGAGCUGGUCAGGAUUCGGAUGGAAGCCGAAAUCAACAACGGCGGCCCUAGCGAUCGAGAGAAGCUGCACCAGGAAGCCGGCGAGCUCAAGGAGAAGGUCGCGGAACUGAAACCGCAACUCGAGGCAGCUCGGGCGAGCGAUAACCGCGCUCUUGCCAUGAAGCUGCAGCGCGAGUUCGAUGAGCUGAAGCGUCGCCAGGCUCACAUCGGCGCCAAGAUCGACGCCCAAAAGAGCGACGGGAACACCUUCGCCCGCGAGGUUGAGAUCAAGCGCCGGCAGAUCCAGCAGGAUAUCCUCGAUAAGGCUCAGGUCUUGUGCGCCACGCUGAGCGGCAGCGGCCACGAGAUGUUCAAGAACCUCAACGUCGAGUUUGAGACGGUCAUCAUCGACGAGGCAGCUCAGUGCGUCGAGUUGAGCGCCCUCAUCCCGCUUAAGUAUGGCUGCUCAAAGUGCAUCCUCGUCGGUGAUCCUAAGCAGCUGCCGCCGACUGUGCUCUCGCAAUCUGCCGCACGGUACGGCUACGACCAGAGCUUGUUUGUCCGGAUGCAGAAGAAUCACGCUAAGGACGUCCACCUGCUUGACAUGCAAUAUCGCAUGCACCCCGAGAUUAGCCGGUUUCCCAGCAAGGUAUUUUACGAGGGCCUGUUACAGGAUGGCGCCGACAUGGGAAAGCUGCGCCUGCAGCCGUGGCACCAAAGCGUCCUCCUCGGACCUUACCGCUUCUUCGAUGUCAAGGGCUCGCAGGAGCGUGGGCCAAAAAACCAGUCGUUAGUCAACGAGGAAGAGCUGAAGGUGGCGCUGCAGCUGUACCGCCGCUUCCGCACGGACUACAGCAAUGUCGAUCUGAAGGGCAAGAUUGGCAUUAUCACGCCUUAUAAGGCGCAGUUGUUCCGGCUCCGGCAGCGGUUCACGGAAAAGUACGGUGAAGGGAUUACCGAGGAAAUCGAGUUCAACACGACGGACGCGUUCCAGGGCCGCGAGUGUGAGAUUAUCAUCUUCUCCUGCGUUCGAGCCAGCCCGACUGGCGGUAUCGGUUUCAUGACGGACAUCCGCCGUAUGAACGUCGGUCUGACCCGUGCCAAGUCGUCACUGUGGAUCCUGGGUGAUUCUCGCGCACUGGUUCAGGGUGAAUUCUGGGCCAAGCUCAUUGAGGAUGCAAAGCAACGCGAUCGCUACACGAACGGAAACAUCAUGGCACUGCUCAGCCAACCGGGUCCGAAGGUGCCGCUCGCAUCGCUUGCUGCACCAUCCCCUCGCCCGACCGAGGCCCAGGGGUUGGCAUGGGAGGAAAAUGAUGUGAUGAUGACUGAUGCGCCGGUCAAUCACAAACAGGAAUCCCCUACAAGCAUGUCUAGCACGCCAGCACAGCAGGGAUGGGGCACGCCAAGGCCGUACCAGGAUGAAGAGACGACGGCGCCGCCACCGCUUCCUUACCGCGGCACGGGCAUCGGUGGCCUCAACGAGAAAGGAGAGGUUACGGCCAUAAUGCCGAGGGGCGCGGGACCGCCCAUGAUCCAAUCUACGACCGGGUCCGCGGGCAAGAAGAGGCAGCGCGAUAACGAUGACGGCCACGCCAGCACUAAGAAGACGCAACACAACUCUGACCGAGCCCCCGUUAAACCCCCGACAGGUCCCAACGCGGCUCAACCGCCCAAAACACCGGGCGAUCCUUCAGGAAUGGAAGUGCUAGGCAUGACGCCCCCUACGCGACCACCUCCCCCACAACCUCGGCCCCCUCCAAUCCGUCCGCCUGGACCCAAUGCGCCCAAGGGGCAAGUGGUGAUGCCCAAACGGCCCAACGCGGAUCCUUUCAUUAGGAGGAAGCCUGGCAAACGUUGAACAGGCAAGCGACGACCUGUUUAUAGCUGCUCUGCUCAUAUUUUUUUUUUUUUUUUUUUUCCCACUCUUGCUCGCCAUCUCCGUCGUUCGAUUUAGAGCAUCUUUGAGCAUCAUGCAUACCAUAGAGACGGGUCAGGGUGGUUCACAUGAAUGGGAUCUGGACACUGGUGGCAUUACACGGCAUGGGGUGAUACACAGGUUUUUUUUUUUUUCCGAUUAGAGCCCUUUCUCGGCUGGGUAUCU